CUAAAUGAGGUUGUUGUUGCUAAUUGUUGUUACGGCCAUUUUGUAUUAUCGGGUUCGGAUCGGUGGACUUGCUUGUAUCAGUAUUUACAUCAAGAAUGGCAUCAAAAGGAAGAAAUUAUCGCCGCAGAAACUACAGUGAUGAUGAAGAAGAGAGUGCAGAACAAAACACUGUUUCGGUCAGUGAAAAGCUAGAAGAAGUGAAAGAGAUGCAGAAAUUCCGAGUUAGGCCUAAAGGUGUUACACCUAGCGGCUUAGCUUUCGGCUCACAAGUGGAAGAGGCUGUAGAAGAACCCAAUGAUCCUUUUAAAAUAAAAACAGGAGGUCUACUUGACUUGAAUACAGUCAAAGAUCGGGAUCGUGAUAGAUCUGGAGAGGCUGCAGACAAAGACGUUACAAGUUUAGGGAGUAACUUUUCUCAAGAGACAAAUCGACGAGAUGAAGAUCUUGAAAUGUUGAAGUUCAUCGAGGAUGAGCUCGCUAAACGAAAGGGUAUCGACAGGGACAAGGAGACGAAUACCGAAAAGCCAAAAACAGCCGAGGACCUCCUUUACGAAGUUCCAGAGCAUAUAAAUGUGAAAUCAAAAGUAAUGAAAUCUGAAGAAAUGUUGUCUAACCAAAUGCUCUCAGGAAUACCAGAAGUUGAUUUAGGCAUUCAUGCAAAAAUAAAAAACAUUGAAGCAACUGAAGAAGCAAAAGGAAAAUUUUUAAAUGAAAUGAAGAACAAAAGAAAAGCAGCUUCAGAUUUUGUACCAACAAACCUUGCAUCAAACUUUUUGCUUCAUGAUAGAUUUUUCAAUGAACAUAAGGUGUUGGAAUCAGAAAAGCGAAAAGAGAAGGCAAGAAAAGAAGUGGAAAGACUAGGAACUGAGAAAAAGAAAGGUCCAGUUGUUGUUGAAGACACAGAUACCACUGAGGAGUCAAGCAGUCAUUCUUCGAGUAGUAAGGGACAGGGUAAAAGAAAAACCAAAGAUGAAGCAUCAGACGACUAUCUUUAUGAAAAGUUUAAGAAGAAAGCAAGAGAUUCAUGGAGAUACCAAUAAGAAUUUAUCAUAUUUUUAUUACAUCCUUUUCCUUUAUCCUUUUCUCAAAGACUUGAUAAAACUUGAAAACAACAAAACCUUUCAUUCAUUAUCAGGAUUGUAUUACAAUUAAGCUAAGAGUUUAGUUAAUUCAUAGUACUAAAUAGUAUUUAUAGAAGCAAGUGCAAGAUGGCCGGCAAUUUAAAAAACUUUAAAACUAGACCAAAAAACUAAUAACACUGUAAACUUUCCUUUUUAAAAAAGAGAGUCCAACAGUUUUUAUUUUGUUGUUGAUUAAAUUCUCUUUGGAAAAAAUACAAUUACUUUAGAUAUUGA